AUGCGGGGGCCAACCCGCACGGAACCCGUGGCCUCACCAGCCUCCAAACGAGAGAAGCAGCUUCUAGAAGCUUCUAGAAGGCAGCUGCUGCUCGAAGAACUUGGGUUAUGCUGCGGUGACACCAAGCUGGACCUGGAAUUCACUACACGAAGACUGCUCCACUGCGAGCCGCACUAUCAGCAAUUCCGGUUCACGUACUCACUGGUGGAGGCGGCUCGGCAAAAUGAUCUGGACAUGGUGAAGUGGCUGUUUGAGCACUUCGACAGCAGAUACGACGUGGCAUUUCCGGCUUUGGACGCCGCAGCAAGAUCGGGCGCUUUGGAGAUUCUUCAAUUUUUCUAUGACAACGACGACGAUGUUGACCACAGCAAUGAGAGUGAAAGUAGUGGAGAGUCGGAUGGAGAAGAGAGUCUUGACGAGCAGCAUGGGGGCGAAGUAGACACGCAAGAUGUCGUCCCUGACCGUGGUCAGGAGGUUGCGCUGGGAGACGAUGAUGACAACGGAGCUGAAGUGGAGCAACAGUCUCAAGAGGGACCAGAUGAAAGUGCAGAUGACGGAGAAUGGCGUCGAUAUGUAGGUUGGGGCGACGAGCUUGCUGCAGUUGCAGCUGAUGCCGGCCACAAUGCCGUCGCAAUUUGGAUUGCUCAAUACUCGGUCCAUAUCGACCGCGCGGGCACGAUGCGUGCUGCCAUAGCAAGUGGCAAUAUUGAUAACGGACAUCUUCACAUGCUGGAGUGGCUAGAAGACAAAAGCUACUUGGGCGAUAGAACUGGCCUUCUCGUACAAGCAGCUGAAGGCGGGCAAAUGGAGAUUGUUCGCUGGCUAGUUGAGCUGGACUGGGACGAAGGAUAUCUUGAUAGCGACAGCGACAGUGAACACGGGAAAACACACGACCUACGCAUGUGA